GAUGUGCGACGUAGGAUUUAAGCACCAGUUUCAUAAGAUAGGCCCAGCUGCAUCCUCCGUCUGCCUGAAGGUUGCCAAAUUGAAAUUACUGGAUCAGUUCGGUAAAUUCACCGCUCAAAUCAAGGGAGGGAAAUAUGGUUAUUGUCAGGCGUUCUACCAGAAAAAGUCCGGGUAUGUGGACGCAACCAGGGCAGCUGCCAUCGGAAGCCGUCUGCAAAUGAAAAAAAUGGUUCUGCUGGCGGGCAGUUGCUCCGCGUGCAACUGCCUCCUCUUUUCGUUGAUUGACCGGGCAUUAUUUUGCUCCGAUGAGUGGACCCACUUUGACUUACCCUGA